UUCCCUGUCGCGAGUGUCGGUUGCCUGGGUGAGGAUGGAUCACACCUCUUUAACAGAGAGAUAAACUCACGUUAUAUCUCUCUAAAACACACCAUCAUAUCUACACACACAUACAACGGCGAUCAGGGAGGAGUGCCAUCACUGCGGUGCCAACAGUGGGAUGGAGAGGAGGUCACUGCUAGACUUCUCAUAAGAUCAUUUACCGAACAGGAAUGAGAGAGUGAGGGAUCUGAGAGAGAAUAGCAUCUGUCAGUACCGUGUUUCUCUGAGGAUGAACCGCUACACAACCCUAAAGCAGCUGGGCGAUGGGACCUACGGCAGUGUCCUGAUGGGCAAAAGCAAUGAGUCUGGAGAACUAGUGGCAAUAAAAAGAAUGAAGAGGAAGUUUUACUCCUGGGAAGAGUGCAUUAAUCUGAGAGAGGUCAAGUCACUGAAAAAGCUGAAUCAUGCGAACGUGGUGAAAUUAAAGGAGGUGAUUCGUGAGAAUGACCACUUGUACUUUGUCUUCGAAUAUAUGAAAGAAAACCUCUACCAGCUCAUGAAAAACAGGGAAAAUAAGAUGUUCACUGAGAAUGAAAUAAGGAACAUCGUGUUUCAAAUUCUCUCUGGUUUGGCAUUUGUGCACAAGCAUGGAUUUUUUCACCGGGACAUGAAACCAGAGAAUUUGCUGUGUAUGGGUCCAGAGCUGGUGAAAAUAGCUGAUUUUGGAUUGGCUCGAGAGAUCCGCUCUCAGCCUCCUUACACAGACUAUGUCUCCACGAGAUGGUACCGAGCUCCAGAAGUGCUCCUGAGAUCACCGGUUUAUAGUUCACCCAUAGACAUUUGGGCGGUGGGCUGUAUUAUGGCCGAACUUUAUUCACUAAGACCACUCUUUCCCGGCAACAGUGAGGUGGAUGAGAUUUUCAAGAUCUGCCAGGUUCUUGGUACAGUAAAAAAGUCAGACUGGCCAGAGGGUUAUCAGUUAGCUGCUGCCAUGAACUUCCGCUUUCCUCAAUGUGUACCUACACCACUGAAAACCCUGAUACCCAACUCCACUAAUGAGGCUUUAGAUCUCAUGAGCGACCUCCUCCAGUGGGAUCCAAAGAAAAGACCGUCUACUGUGAAGGCACUCAGGUACCCAUAUUUUCAAGUGGGACAGGUUCUGGGCCCCCAUCCCAUGACCCCUGAUGUACGGAAGGCUCAGAUAAAGAUGGCCGGGACUAGUGAACCCAGAUCAGAGCUGCAGUCUUUUUCAGAACCAGCGCUAAUGUCUCAGGCUAAAGCUCAGAGCAGAAGUUCCCAUCAGCCACUUCAGCAAAUUCCUCUGCCUCAGUCUCUCACUCAGACAGAACGGAAAGCCGACCCACUCACUUCAUAUACACAGAAGGUUGUCGGAUGUGAGAACAGCUUGAUGGGGUUGAAGAAUGGACGUAGAAGAUGGGGAAAGACCAACAUGAAAGCCUCGGACAGCUGGGAUGAGUCUGACUACUCUGAUACUGCAGUAUCCCUAUCGAAAAAACCCAGCAAAGGCCCUGAGGAGGAGAAACCCACUCUGCAGCCCGAGGACCAGAAACCCAUUUACACAUUUAGCACUGUCACAAAAUUACCAAACAACAGCAGACUGAAGCAGCCAGACUCCUACCAGAUGACAGCCACCUCAGCCAGACAACAUUAUCUGCGCCAGUCAAGAUAUAUGCCAGGUUUAAUCAGCAAGAACACACCAUCUGUGUGCAACAAGGAGUCUGAGAAAAACUUGUGGGGCCCAUCGGUUAUUCAUAAAUCCCUCACACCCGUUGGACGAGCAUCAGCAUCCCGAAUCAGUCCAGGUGAACAUAACAUAAAGACAUCAAUGCCAAACGCCCGGUUAUAUUUCACUUUCCACGUCUGUCUCACGCACAAACGCGUCCGCACAGCUUCCUACGCACACUCCAUUUCGGAUACAAGGGGACAGACGAGUUCGACAUGCGCAGUACAAAUGAAGGAAAGCAGCAGUAAAGCCACAGAUAAAGCUAAAGAAACAACACUAGAGAAAAGUGAAAAGGUUAAAGGAAGCUUUGUAACCACCACAUACAAUCUCUCUGAAGGAUACAUCCCAUCUUUCCAGAAGAAGGAAGUGGGAUCUGUAGGACAGAGAAUUCAACUCGCCCCUCUUAAUAAUCAGCAUGCACUUGACCUCUCUGCCACUGCUGACUCUAUAGCGGUCAAAGCUAAACCUUCAAAGUCCAAACCUUCAUCUACAGUUUCACUCAAUGAAAGCUCUGAAGAUUGUGAUGGAUGGAAAAGGAGAGCUGAAAGAACCCAACUCAAAAGUACAGCUUACUCUGCUCUGGGCAAAAACUCAGCCAAUCUUCUCACUCGUGCACAGCCGGUUCAGCCCGUGCAUGGGCGCAUCGACUGGGCUGCAAAAUAUGGAAGUCACCGAUAGUGCUUGUUGAGCUUCCAUGCCAUGAGGACUAUGGCCUGUUCAACACUCGUGAGAGAAGCAGCUUGAAUAGGUCUAUAUCACCUUAAAACAUCAGGCCAUUAUUUGCUCAAAUGUGUUGUGCAAUUAAGACACAAAUCUUUAUUAUUGACUUUAUUUUCAGCUAUGCAUCUAAUGCCUGUAUUUUUUCCUGAAGUAGACUACAUAAAUGUCCCGCUUAUUUUUUAUGCCAUUUUUAAUGUGCAGUUUAUAAAUGCAUUUCAUUUUUCUUUUAUAUGUGUAAAUGUGAUUUAUUCUGCAAGGAUGUUAUUAUUUACUUGUAUUAAAACAGCCUUUUACUUACAGUCUUUACUAUAAGCAGUACAGAGACCUGUUACGUGAACAUAAAAUGUGAUUUGGUUCACCCAAGCUGAAUAAAGGAUAUUUUGUAGGUA